CACCACCAUCACCACCAUCACCACCAUCACCACCGCCUCCGCCGUCCACAUUCCGGGCUCAGAGCCCCGAACCUCGAGCACCGAGCCGCCUGUGGCUUCUGGAUGGCUUUGAAUUUGAACUAGGCAAGCCUCGGGAAUUCAGAGUUCCCGGCCAGAAGCGUGAAGAGGUGGCCAGGCUGACAGCCACCGUGAGGCUCGGAAGAAUUCCUUGUGUUACCUUCCCUUGCCGAGUGCCAAGAGGAGCAGAGGUGUUCACGGGACCGGGAGUCUGCAAGGAAGGGAAGCGACACUUUGAUGCUGCGGUGUUGCUGCUCGGUGGCACCAGUCACCCGGAUGCACUAGGCUGGGGAGACAGACGUCAUCCUGCAAGAGAAGACGGAGGAGAAGGACAUGAGGUUCCCUGGGAAGUAAAUGGCCACUUCCACGGCCUCGGAGACCAAGGCAAGCUCCUGGUGGAAUUACUUUUUUCUUUAUGACGGCUCCAAGGUGAAGGAAGAAGGAGACCCAACGAGGGCAGGCAUCUGUUAUUUUUAUCCCACUCAGACCCUGCUCGACCAGCAGGAGCUGCUCUGCGGACAGAUCGCCGGCGUCGUCCGCUGCAUCGCCGACAUCUCUGGCUCUCGCCCAGCCCUCAUCCGUCUGCGGAAACUCAAGUUUGCCGUGAAGGUGGACGGCAGUUUCCUAUGGGUGCUGGGCUGUGCCGUGGAGCUGCCCGAUGUCAGCUGUGAGCGCUUUCUGGACCAACUCACCGGGCUCUUUCGUUUUUACAACGGCCCCGUGUCCCUGGCUUACGAGACCCGCUCCCGGGAAGAGCUGAGUGUGGAGUGGGAUGCCUUCAUCCGGCAGAUCCUACAGAGAACCGGCGACCUGCACAGGAUCUUUAACUCCCUCUGGAACCUGGACCGAACCAAAGUGGAGCCGCUGCUGCUGCUGAAGGCUGCCCUCAUCCUGCAGACGUGUCAGCGCGCCCCGCACAUCCUCGCCGGCUGCAUCCUCUACAAAGGCCUGAUCGUCAGCACGCAGCUCCCGCCCUCCCUCACUGCCAAGGUCUUGCUGCACCGAACCACACCCCAGGACCAGAGACUUCCCGCAGCAAGGCAGGCCAAGCCGGCAGCAGGGGCGGCGUGGCCUGCCGACGUGCAGAUCAUCCCGGUUUUCCUGACCAAGGAGGAAGCCACCCAUCUGCACGAGUUCCCGGUGGAGCGGAUGACGCGCCCUCCAACGUCUCCAGCCAGACUCCAGGACGGCUCGGCCCAGCACCCUCCCAGGGCUUGGAGCGCAUCUUCCCCCAGCGAAAACAUCCCUAGGAAUGUGGAAUCUGUAUCCGAGAUGCUGGCCACCACCCUGCAGCCCCCAUCCGCUGAUCCAGCUUGGUCGGAUGGCAGGAGGCAGAAUGGACAGCUACAGAACCCAGGGCCUCCAGGACUGCCCAAGGGCAGUGCCCCAGGCCAGGGGCCGGGCCUUAGCUGCUCUCUGGUAAAUGACCCAGAUUUGUCAGAAAUCCACAUUCCAGAAAUUCAGGAAAUCGUACCAGUCCCAGGUCAUUCUGGCAGCCCACACAUAGGUGCCUCCGACAGCCAAGCCUUGUCACAAGUGCCUUGUCACAGGGAAUCUGUCCACAGUUCUGGUGACCCAGAGCCCAGGCUGCCCGAGGACACAGCUGCUGGCAGCCUUCUCCCUCCCUCCCCGCCUGAGGCCCGCGCCCCGAACGGAGCCUUGAAUCUGUGCACAGACUUCCCUGGCGACAGCGACCCUCGGCCCAGGGGGAGCAGCUGGCCCUUAUCUCCAUCAGGCUCUGUUAGCAGGCAGAGAGGAAGCACACCUCCUGGAAGGGAGCAGGGCCUGGACAGGGGGCUGGAUGGGCUCCCCCAGAGCCACUCCAUGCCCCAUCUGGAAUGCAAGUCAGGCCUGGGCCCUGUGGACCGCUCUGACUCCAGCCCGACCCCAGCGGAGCGCUGCGUGGGUCUCGUGCGGAUGAACCUCUACACGCACAGCGUCAAGGGGUUGAUGCUGUCCUUGCUCGCUGAGGAGCCGCUGCUGGCUGACAGCGCAGCCAUAGAGGAGGUGUACCACAGCAGCCUGGCAUCCCUGAACGGGUUGGAGGUGCACCUGCGAGAGACGCUGCCCGCGGACGAGGCCGGCCCCGCCAGCAGCACAUACAACUUCACGCAUUACGAUCGCGUUCAGAGCCUGCUGAUGGCCAACCUGCCUCAGGUGGCCACCGCCCAGGACCGCCGCUUCCUCCAGGCCGUCAGCCUCAUGCAUUCCGACUUCGCCCAGCUGCCUGCGCUGUACGAGAUGACCCUCAGAAAUGCCUCCACGGCCGUGUACGCCUGCUGUAACCCCGUCCAGGAGACCUACUUCCAGCAGCUGGCGUCUGCUGCUCGCAGCUCAGGCUUCCCCAACCCCCAGGACAGCGCCUUCAGCCUCCCUGGCAGAGCCAAGCAGAAGCUGUUGAAGCAUGGGGUGAACCUGCUCUGAGCUGGGCUGUUUCUCCAGCAGGGGCCGCGCGCCCAGGGAGCGGCGCCUCUCCCAGCGGCCGUGCCUUCCCCUCUCCCUGCAUUUCCUGGAGCUCAAUGACAGUACUUCAGGGUUCCUGGUGCUCCCGUACAGCAGGUCAUGGG